UAACUAAAUAUAGACAAUUAUUUAUUAUGGGGGACAGCACAUGGCGCCCAAGCGACAAUGUAUGGACGACUCUCAUUGAAGGUAACCUAAUGCGGUAGUACAUAGCAAAUAAUGACGUUUCAGUGCACAUUCCGCUCAGCCUCGUUCGAUUGUUCCCUUGCCACACCCAUGAUUACGAAUAUUGACACCGAUGGCUCAAGUGCGCAUGUCCAUGAUUCUGUGCGAUAGAGGCCUGCCUCGCCUUUUCUCUCGCACCUAUUCUUUACAGACAUCCUUCGUUUCACAUAAAAAAAAAAGUUAUUCUUAUUUUUUGAGGGGCCGUUGACUAGAUGAGACAGAGAAGAAGAGAAAUAGUUUUGUAUCUCUAUUUCUUGACUGAAUAAUCACCCACUCCCCGGUUAUUGCAUCAAGGCCCCUGCCCCUCCUCUGAUUCCGACCGGCUUCCUGUGUUUGUGCGGUUCUCACUAGCCAGGGAGCGAGGAGGAGCAGAACUGGGAGUUGAGCGAGUGAAGGGCCGAGCUGCCACCUCAACAUGGAGUAGCCUAGUGUCCUCGACAACAGUAGCGGACCACAAAGAGGAAUACUCGAGGGGUUAUUUUUCUACAAGGAGGCACCGCAAAUGAUACCACGUCAAAGAUUCCACAACGCGAAGGAAAGAUCGGUUUAUAUUUAAAAGAUGGCGAACGACUCUCCGGCUAAAAGUCUGGUCGAAAUAGACCUGGCUUCAUUGCGGGAUCCAGCAGGGAUUUUUGAAUUGGUGGAAGUGGUCGGAAAUGGCACCUAUGGACAAGUAUACAAGGGGAGACAUGUCAAAACUGGACAGCUGGCAGCCAUCAAGGUCAUGGACGUCACAGAGGACGAGGAGGAGGAAAUCAAACUGGAGAUCAAUAUGCUCAAGAAGUACUCCCAUCACAGGAACAUUGCCACAUACUACGGUGCUUUUAUCAAGAAGAGUCCCCCGGGGCAUGAUGACCAACUGUGGCUGGUGAUGGAGUUCUGUGGGGCGGGCUCCAUCACAGACCUGGUGAAGAACACUAAAGGAAACCAGCUCAAGGAGGACUGGAUCGCCUACAUCUCCAGAGAAAUCCUCCGGGGACUGGCCCACCUGCACGCCCACCACGUCAUCCACCGUGACAUCAAGGGACAGAACGUCCUGCUCACAGAGAACGCCGAGGUCAAGCUUGUGGACUUUGGCGUGAGCGCCCAGUUGGACCGGACGGUGGGGAGGAGGAAUACAUUCAUCGGGACUCCCUAUUGGAUGGCACCCGAGGUCAUCGCCUGUGACGAGAACCCUGAGGCCACCUACGACUACAGAAGUGACUUGUGGUCAACUGGAAUCACUGCCAUCGAAAUGGCCGAAGGAGCUCCUCCGCUGUGUGAUAUGCAUCCGAUGCGAGCACUCUUCCUCAUCCCAAGGAACCCUCCCCCGCGACUCAAGUCCAAGAAGUGGUCUAAGAAGUUUUGCAGCUUCAUCGAGGGCUCCCUGGUGAAGAACUACAACCAGCGCCCCCCCACCGAGCAGCUGCUCAAGCACCCCUUCAUCAGGGACCAGCCCAACGAGAGGCAGGUCCGCAUCCAGCUCAAAGACCACAUCGACCGCACCAAGAAGAAGAGGGGGGAGAAAGAUGAGACUGAAUAUGAGUACAGCGGGAGUGAGGAGGAAGAGGAGGAUGCUGGAGAGCAAGAGGGAGAGCCUAGCUCCAUAGUGAACAUGCCGGGUGAGUCGACGCUGCGUAAGGACUUCAUCCGGCUGCAGCAGGAGAACAAGGAGCGCUCGGAGGCGCUGCGCCGACAGCAGCUCCUGCAGGAACAGCAGCUCCGUGAGCAGGAGGAGUACAAGCGCCAACUAUUGGCAGAGAGGCAGAAACGCAUUGAGCAACAGAAGGAGCAGAGGAGGCGGCUGGAGGAGCAACAGCGACGCGAGCGCGAGAUGAGGAGGCAGCAGGAGCGUGAGCAGCGCCGCCGCGAGCAGGAGGAGAAGAGGCGCAUGGAGGAGAUGGAACGACGGCGGAAAGAGGAUGAUGAGCGCCGGAGGGCGGAGGAGGAGAAGAGGAGGAGCGACCGUGAGCAGGAGUACAUUCGUCGGCAGCUGGAGGAGGAGCAGAGGCACCUGGAGAUCCUGCAGCAGCAGCUGCUCCAUGAACAGGCCAUGCUCCUGGAGUUCAAGUGGCGGGAGCUGGAGGAGCAGCGGAAGGCAGAGCGUCUCCACAAGCGUCUGCAGCAGGAGCAGGCCUAUCUGCUGUCCCUCCAGCACGACAAUAAACCACCGCAGCCCUGCGAAAAGACUGAAGACCCCAAGAGAAUGUCCCCCGACAGUACUAACAAAGCCCCUCCGACAAUGUCCCCAGGCCCCGUGGGCGAUAGAGCCCCAGCUCCACAACCCCACGCCGACGAGCGCUUCCGAAAGAACAUUCAGGGCUCCCCCCAGACCGCCCCACCCACCAAGCAGCCCCCCGUGCCCCCCCGCUCUGAACCCUUCUCUAACGGCAGCUCCUCCUCCGAGUCUGUCCCGCCUGCCAUGCACCGGCCCAUGGAACCACAGGUCCAGUGGUCCCACCUGGCCGCUCUUAAGAGCAGCAGCGCCGCCCCGCCCCCCGUCGUGUCUCGCUCCCAUUCCUUCAGUGAACCCGCGGUUCCUAGUUUUGCACAUCUCCAUCUGCGCUCCCAGGAGCCCCACAACCACCACCAUCACCCCUCUGCUGCUGCACGCACUGACCCCCAGCCCCCCGCCUCGGGCCCCAGCGACGAGGUGCCCCCCAGGGUUCCAGUGAGGACAACGUCCAGGUCCCCUGUGUUGUCACGCAGAGACUCUCCUCUCCAGGCCUCUGCCCCGCCUAGCAACCAGGCAGUACAGAGGAACGCCGGCAGUAAUGCGGAGCCACGUCUGCUGUGGGACCGAGUGGAGAAGCUGGUUCCCAGGCCCGGCAGUGGCAGCUCCUCUGGCUCCUCCAGCUCCCAGGCCGGCUCUGGGGAGAGGUUCAGAGCACGCUCAUCGUCUAAGUCUGAGGGCUCCCCACUGCAACGCCCCGACAACGCUGCCAAGAAGCCUGACGACAAGAAGGACUUUGCCCGACCCAACCGGCCAGCCGACCUGACGGCCCUGGCCAAAGAGCUGCGGGCGGUGGAGGAUGUACGUCCUCCCAACAAGGUGACGGACUACUCCUCCUCCAGCGAGGAGUCAGGCACCACCGACGAAGACGAUGAUGAAGAAGUGGACCAGGACGCAGCAGACGAGUCCACCUCGGGAGCAGAGGAUACCAGGGCCGGGAGAGGUCUGAGUAACGGAGAGACUGCAUCCCUGAAGACCUUACUGGCCCACGACGACUCCGAGAACGACCUCACCACACCCUCCAAGGAUGGCACCUUGGUCAUUAGACAGAGCGCGGGCGACAAAAAGCGCCUGGCGGUCAAUGUCUCUUCAUCCUCCUCCGGUCCCAGUGUGGCUCACGGUCAAGCCGUUCAAGCACAUACUACUCCUCCUGGUCCUGGUAACGGUCACCAGGAGAAAAACGGCUUUGCCGGCCGCAUUCACCUGCUGCCAGACCUUAUUCAGCAGAGCCACCACUCCCCCACCUCCGCCUCCUCCACCUCUUCUUCCAUCUCCAUCUCCCCCUCCUCCAGCCAUGUCAGCCCAGCCAUGUCCCCCCAGACCCCCCUGGACAAGCUCACUGCCAUCGAGACCCACUCGGCCAGCAACACCAUGCAGAAACACAAGUCUUCCUCCUCCUUCACCCCCUUCAUCGACCCGCGCCUCCUGCAGGUCUCCCCCUCCAGCGGCAGCUCCCUCAACAACAUGGCGGCCUUCGGGAACGACGGGCGGCUGGUGGACGCCCUGAGGGCUGACCCGUCACGUAAGGGCUCCGUGGUCAAUGUGAACCCGGUCAACACACGCCCCCAGAGCGACACGCCUGAGAUCCGCAAGUACAAGAAGAGGUUCAACUCUGAGAUCCUGUGUGCUGCACUAUGGGGUGUCAACCUGCUGGUGGGGACAGAGAGUGGUCUGAUGCUGCUGGACCGUAGCGGUCAGGGGAAGGUCUACCCCCUCAUCAGCCGACGGCGCAUCCAGCAGAUGGACGUCCUGGAGGGACUCAACGUCCUGGUCACUAUAUCAGGGAAGAAGAAUAAGCUGCGUGUGUACUACCUGUCCUGGCUGAGGAACAAGAUACUCCACAACGACCCCGAGGUGGAGAAGAAGCAGGGCUGGGUCACUGUAGGAGAGCUGGAGGGCUGCGUACACUACAAAGUCGUGAAAUAUGAGAGGAUCAAGUUCUUGGUCCUUGCCUUGAAAAACUCUGUGGAGGUGUAUGCGUGGGCCCCCAAGCCGUACCACAAGUUCAUGGCCUUCAAGUCGUUUGGUGACCUGGUGCACAAGCCCCUGCUGGUUGACCUGACGGUGGAGGAGGGUCAGAGGUUAAAGGUCAUCUACGGCUCCAGCAACGGCUUCCACGCCGUGGACGUGGACUCUGGGGCGGUUUACGACAUCUACCUGCCCACACACAUCCAGACCAAUAUCCAGUCCCAUGCCAUCAUCAUCCUGCCCAACACGGAUGGUAUUGAGCUGCUGGUGUGUUACGAGGAUGAGGGUGUCUACGUUAACACCUACGGACGCAUCACCAAAGACGUGGUGCUGCAGUGGGGCGAGAUGCCCACCUCAGUGGCCUACAUUAGGUCCAACCAGAUCAUGGGCUGGGGGGAGAAGGCCAUAGAGAUCAGGUCUGUGGAGACAGGACACCUGGAUGGGGUCUUCAUGCACAAGAGAGCCCAGAGACUCAAGUUCCUGUGUGAGAGGAAUGACAAGGUGUUCUUUGCGUCGGUGCGCUCUGGAGGUUCCAGCCAGGUCUACUUCAUGACCCUGGGCCGUACCUCCCUGCUUAGCUGGUAGUGUACACACACACCCAGCAGCAUGAAGACAGCACCCCUCGGUUUAUUACCACCAUAAUGAUGACUCAUGACGAUCUUGAACUUGACGUACAACUGGAGUAUCGAGCUUCACUGAGCUCUGAGGCGGCGCGAUACCUAAAUAUCACCGGUUUCAAAUAAGAAAAGACAAUUGCACGAUAAACGGACUGAAAUCAUGAAGGGGAGGCCACGGGGUCCCUAUAGGCUGAUGGGACUGUGUUUGUUUGUCAGUUGGUAGUGCUGUCAUCAUGCCCAUUGGCCACUCUGCUCUGACAACAGACGUCAUCAGCUUUUCUGGGUUCUCGCCCCCAAACCCUACUAGAGCCUCCCCUUACCUCCUGCACCAGUGGGAGUAGGGAUCUGAGCCCGACUUAUUCAAAACACUAGUAGAUGUUAAUGUGUGUCUAUUGGAAGAAAAGAGAGGGAUGUGAUGUGUGACAGAGGAGGAUGGAAAAGGAUGAAAGAGACUGUUGCAGAGGAAGGUAAGCUUAUAGCACCAGACAGGUGAAAGGUCAUACAGUAGUUUGUUAUUGUGUUUAGUCCAGGUCAUGUUCAAGUCAACCUCUGUGUUGAGCGUUUCUUAGAUCAGUUCCUCUGACUGACAUGCCGUUGCCACCACAUGGGUACGUUUUCAAAUGGGUCGUGCUUGACAUUGAAAAUGUAACUUUUGUCUCUCUUUCACUCUGGCCUUCCUCUUGAUAAGGGUUCAAACAGGGUUAAAGUGUGGAGAGAAGUUUCAUCAAAGAUGUCGACUUAACCCUUAAUAGGACACUGCAACCUUAUAGGGGCCUUUCCAGUCCCAUAUACUCCUGAGGGUCUUUUCCAGCCUCCCUCAACUUUAACGUGCCACAUUGCCUCUCCUUGGUCGUGUUGGGUAAACUGUGAAUGGGUUGAUAUGUACAGUAGACUCUAGAGAACGGUCUUGGUCAUGAGUCAUGACUUUGACCCACCAUUUGGUAGCAUGAUGACCAGGGUAUUCAAUGGAACAAGUGUCAAGAUUAAAUAUACCUUAAAGAUUUGUAGAUGAAGAUUUAAAAUCCACAACAUAUCCAAAUGUAUCAGCAAACACAGGUUCGAUUUGUUUUUUAUUGUUUUCAUUUUAAUGGGCCCCUCCACUGAAUUCAGGUUUACGUUUGUUGCUACUUGUACAAUCUGUUGUGACAAAUGCUUUAGGUUUUGCUCAUAACUCCUACAGGAAAUGUAUCAAAAUCUGACAUUUGAGUGAGAUUGAAUUAUUACAUGUAAAAACUAUUAUGAAGCCGCAUGGUCCCCAUUUUGAUACAUUUGUGAAAUUGUUGUAUUUCCAUGUUGGACUCUUUAAUACCAACAGACCACCAUAGCCUGGCAGCUUCACCCCCUCAGCUUGUCUGCAUUAUUUUAGUAUCUUGACUCUGAGGGCAGAAGGGGACAUUUUGUUUUGUACAGUCUGUCCCAGUCCAGGCAGUAGUAUGCUAUGGAUUGAAGCAACACGACAACAACCUAGAAGCCUUUCCAAACCCCAGCAGCUCCUGGUUUUAAUUGUUUUGUUUUCCUUUUGCCCCUUGAUACAACGAGUGAAAAAUGGGACUGCACUUGUUUGUCCUAAUGUUUCCUGGUUAGCCUGGGUGCCAGUCUGAAGCAGCAGCAAGGAGCUAGACUGGCACCCUGGUUAGAUUCUUUGUAUGUGUGUAUGGACAAACUUUUUUUCAAGAAUGGAAAUCAUAAUGUCUAUCAUAUGUCCCUCCAAAGCUUGACCCUCUUACAGUGGACAGUCACAUCCUGUUUGGGUGUGAUGAUUCCAGGCCUCUAAGGAACGCAACGCUGUAAGAAUAUAGAAAUGAGAUGCUUUCUCCUCUGCAAAUCUGUGAAACGCAGUGCCAUGCCAAGAUGGCAUAAGUCACACAUUUUAAGUGUUACAAACCACUACAGAAAGUAUCGAUUUACAAUUUUAACUCCUUAGUUUGUUUCUGUCAUUUUUAUUACCCUUAAAAUGAUGCGGCUGCAGUGGUUUAUAAAGGUUAAUGCACACAUUAUGUUAAAUGUUUACAGAGGCAAUGUUUUGUUAAACCAAUGUGCAUCAAUAUAAAUAUUUAUGGUUUAUUUUAGGGCAAUAAUCCCUUUUUUAGCUUUUGUAUCAUUUGGAGGUUCAUGUACAGGAAUAACCCUCGACCUCUGUUCAUUCACUUUUCAAAAAUGACAAAUUCUGAGUUUAAAUCACUGAUUUUCCUGGAUAACACAGCAGUGUGCCCUUGGCUGUGGCAACGUUGCAGCAACACAGUGACAAGGUGUUCUGCUGCCCAGGUGACAUGUUUUCCUCAAGUGUUUCUACCAUGCUACUCUAAUUUAUGUCCUCUGUGUAUUAUGGGAAUUGUUGUAUUUUCCUCAAGGUCUUUUUUCCAUUGAAUAAAAUCCUAAGUAAUUUACUAAA